UCGUAUACAAUUAAGCUCCACAUAUAAUAUAUUAUUUGUACCAUCUCUAUAUAUAUAUAUACAUACACACACGUAAACAUGCUAUACGUCAACGUGAGCCCAUGACCAAAAAAACAAUGGAUAUCCAUUUUUCACCCAUCAGCAACCGAAACCCUAACUCAUGCACCAGCUCCUCGUCCUCUUCUCUCCACCGGCGUAGGAAUAAAAAGGGCAAAACCGGAGAUACAAAGAGAGAUUCACCGCCGGCCACGAAGCUAUCAACGGACCCACAGAGCGUGGCGGCGCGUGAAAGACGCCACCGUAUCAGCGACAGGUUCAAGAUCCUUCAGAGUAUGGUUCCUGGUGGCUCGAAGAUGGAUACUGUCUCCUUGCUCGAUGAAGCCAUUGAGUACGUUAAGUUCCUCAAGGCCCAGAUUUGGCUUCACCAAAACUUGAUGCUCUUCUUUGACCAUGCGACGCCGUUCUGCUCCGCCGCCGGCGACGUUACCGGCGUCGAUAAUGGCCCGUGUACGACGACCUCGACCGGUUCUGUUUCUUCUGCAUCGGAUGCCUACAAUUAUGCCCCCAUGUCGGAGACGUAUUUACAGACUUUGCCACCGGAGUACAACUCCUGGUUUAGCCCUGUUGUCUAAGAAACCAUGCAUGGACGCGGUUUGUCUCAAUGGGAGAAAUGCAUACACUGAUUUAUAUAUCAUGUGUGUGCUGAUAUAUAUUAGUCUACAUGGCGUGUUCAGGAACCCCUAGAAACUUUUAUUAUUAUUAUUAUUAUUAUUAUUAUUAUUAUUGUGUGAUAAUUUAAUUCCAAACAUAUAUACUAAUAUAUAAUAUUGGUCCUGGUUGUGUAAGUAUAGUAACUAACUUAAGUGGAAAUUGCAUUUUGGAGGAUGUAAUAUCACGGACCAGCAAGCUUGAUUUUGUUAUUUUCAAUUAAAUAUGCAUACGCGUUGAAAAGAUACGAGAAGCUA